AUGGCUAGUAGUAUAGAGCAUUUCACCCAUCCAGGUCAUGGAUUAGUAAAGCUUCAUGCGGAGACAGACUACCUCUGUGAUGGUUGCAAUACCCCAGGAGUGGGCACCAGGUACCACUGCAACAGUUGUGAUUUCGAUCUGCAUGAUUACUGCGGAACUUGCCCCCAAACCCUCACCUCCUUCAUGCACUCACACCCACUCACUCAGGUCCUCCGAAAACCACAAGCCACGCGCCACACACACCGCGUCUGUGAUGUUUGCGGUGACGAACUCCAAAAACUAUUCUACAGGUGCAAGGACUGCGACUUCGAUGUGCACCCACUUUGCACCCAAUUGCCCCAAUACAUGCAACACGCGAGCGAUCCACUCCAUCCCUUGAGCCUCCAGACACCAUCAUCACUUGUACGUACUUGGUGUUUUGUUUGUGGUGGAUCAUGCACUUCUUGGCGCUACAGGUGUGGGGUUUGCGGGAUUGAUAUUCAUUUCAACUGCGUUUUGACACCAUGUCAUCCACCAACGUUGACCGGAUGCGGGGUUCAACCUGGACAGCCACCACCUUAUAAUGGUUACGGUUAUGGGGUUCAACCUGGUGGUCCUCCACCGACGCAGCCACCACCUUACGGUGGUUAUGGUUAUGGGGUGGCUUCUGCUUAUUGUAAUAAUUCUCCGUAUACUAAUAUGUACAACUAUGCCAAUGCCAACCCACCUCAAGGUGAAGGAGGAGGUGCAAGUACUACUACAAAUGGGAGGAAGAUGGCUUCGCUUGUUGGGAAGCUAGCGCUUGGAGUGGUACAGAACGUUAUCUUCGGAACGGGAAAUGUAGAUUUUUCUUCUUUCAUGUGA